AUUAAUAAUAUACAGUUAAAACCUGUUAGAAUGUAGAACACUUGCUGCGUGUGUUACAAACUGCCAUAUCUCCUCUCAAUUGCUGUCAUCGUACGUGCGCUGCUGAGCGUGUCACCAAACAUGGCGGCGACUGCCCAGAAUGCAAUGCACAGUGACGUGGAUCCUCAAGAUCUAUUUACUUUACCAAGGCACUGCGCGGUUAUUUCACACUGUCACUGACGUAAGAUCCACUGCAUUUUUACGCCAUGUUUACUGGAGUAAUGGAGAGGUUCACCAUGUAGACAGCAGCCGACUGGAAGCAGGUAGAAUGGGAAACCACGUAUGGAGUGCCGCCAGUCUGCAGCCGUGGUGAGCGCAGACGUCCUCAGGACCUCAGUCGGGAUCUCACGGAUGGCUGUCGCAUCCUCGCUCGCGUAACGCCGGGGAGCCUCUCUUCAAUUCAGCGGACUGGAUCUGUUUUUUCUUCAUCCUCCUCUCUUACCUUCUGCGGUUUCCUGCGUUGCUCAAAUUUUAUUAGAUACCCGUUCUCCAGACACGCCGGGAACUCAUUCUCUGCCCGUGUGGCGUUUUUUCCAUUUGUCUGAUCUCAAGUUCAAUCGGCUUUGAAGAAAAGCUACCGAGCAAUACCAUGGGGGACAUGACGAAUAGCGAUUUUUACUCCAAGAACCAAAGAAACGACAGCAACCAUGCGGGAGGUUUUGGCUGUGGGCUUAUGGAGCUCCGCUCCAUCAUGGAGGUCCGAGGAACGGAGGCAGUGGUGAAAAUCCAGGAGGACUAUGGAGGCAUUGAGGGACUGUGCCAGAGGCUGAAAACCAGUACGACAGAGGGUUUGGAAGAUGAUUCUUCUGACCUAGAAAAGAGAAGAGAAACCUUGGGGCAAAAUCUAAUACCUCCAAAGAAGCCAAAAACUUUUUUACAGUUAGUGUGGGAAGCGUUACAAGAUGUUACCCUCAUCAUCCUUGAAAUCGCAGCCAUAAUAUCGCUGGGGCUGUCCUUUUAUCAGCCGCCCGGAGAGGGCAGCGAGGCCUGUGGAACAGUGAAUGCGGGUGCCGAGGAUGAGGGGGAAUCGGAAGCCGGCUGGAUCGAGGGGGCUGCGAUCUUACUUUCUGUGGUGUGUGUCGUCCUGGUUACGGCUUUCAAUGACUGGAGUAAGGAGAAGCAGUUCAGAGGUUUACAGAGUCGCAUCGAGCAGGAGCAAAAAUUCCAGGUGGUGCGUGGAGGCCAGACCAUCCAACUCCCGGUGGCUGAUAUUGUAGUUGGCGACAUUGCACUAGUCAAGUAUGGUGACCUGCUACCAGCCGAUGGAAUCUUAAUAUACUCCAGUGAAAUGAAGAUUGACGAGAGCUCUCUAACUGGGGAAUCAGAUCAUGUGCAAAAAUCUAUAGAGAAGGACCCAAUGCUUCUCUCUGGCACCCAUGUGAUGGAGGGCUCGGGUCGGAUGGUGGUCACGGCCGUCGGGGUAAACUCUCAGACUGGCAUAAUUUUCACCCUGCUCAGUACUGGCGGAGAGGAGGAAGAGAAAAAAGAAAAGAAAGGUCAGGCUCUGGAAGAUGGCCAUCAGCUAGCAGACUGCUCCCAUCCCUCCUCACACCCCAUCGCAACUAUAGCUACUGACGGUGCUGCAAGCGCAAAUGCCUCUGGUAAUACCAGCCUAGUCAAUGGUAAAAUGCAGGAUGGAAAUAUGGAGAACUGCCAGACCAAAGUGAAGAAGCAGGAUGGUGCUGCAGCGAUGGAGAUGCAGCCCUUGAAGAGUGCAGAGGGUGGGGAAACCGAGGAGAAAGAGAAGAAAAAAUCCAGCGGGUCCAAGAAAGAGAAAUCUGUUUUGCAAGGAAAACUGACAAAGUUGGCUGUUCAGAUCGGCAAAGCAGGUUUGGUGAUGUCUGCUAUUACAGUCAUCAUUCUGGUGCUCUACUUUGCUAUUGAAAACUUUGUGCUUCAGAAGAAGCAGUGGCUGCCAGAAUGUACUCCCAUCUAUAUACAAUACUUUGUCAAAUUCUUCAUCAUCGGUGUGACGGUGUUGGUGGUGGCGGUACCUGAAGGCCUUCCGCUUGCUGUCACCAUUUCUCUCGCUUACUCGGUCAAGAAAAUGAUGAAAGACAACAACUUGGUACGUCAUCUGGAUGCUUGUGAGACAAUGGGAAAUGCCACGGCUAUAUGUUCGGACAAGACUGGAACACUGACCACCAAUCGAAUGACAGCAGUGCAGUUGUAUGUGGCGGAUGUCCAUCACAAGUUGAUCCCGGACCCUAGCUCCAUCCCACCCAAAACUCUGGAUAAUCUGGUCAAGGCUAUUGCCAUCAACAGCGCAUAUACCUCGAAAAUACUGCCUUCUGAUCAGGAAGGGGCUCUUCCCAAACAACUGGGCAACAAGACUGAAUGCAGCCUAUUGGGACUGGUCCUCGAGCUGAAACAAGACUAUCAGCGUGUCCGGGACCUCAAUUCGGAGGACAAAUUUGAAAAAGUCUACACCUUCAACUCGGACAGAAAGUCGAUGAGUACCGUCAUUAAACAACCUGAAGGAGGUUUCAGAAUGUUUAGUAAAGGAGCCUCUGAGAUUAUCCUCAGGAAGUGCUCUUACAUUCUGAAUGAGGUAAGCGAACCACGCGUAUUCAGGCCGAGGGACAGGGACGAGAUGGUGAAAAAGGUCAUCGAACCCAUGGCCCGUGAAGGACUCCGAACAAUCUGUGUGGCUUACCGGGAUUUCCCAGUGCGACCCGACUGGGAUGAUGAAAAGAACAUAUUGACCGAGUUGACCGCAAUAUGUGUCGUCGGGAUUGAAGAUCCUGUCAGACCAGAGGUGCCAGACGCCAUCCUGAAAUGCCAGCGUGCCGGGAUCACCGUGCGUAUGGUGACGGGAGACAACAUCGAUACCGCAAGAGCCAUCGCAAUCAAGUGCGGCAUCAUCCACCCCGGAGAAGAUUUCCUGUGCAUCGAUGGGAAGGAGUUCAACAGGAGGAUCAGGAAUGAGAAGGGAGAGGUGGAGCAGGAACGCAUUGAUAAAGUGUGGCCCAAACUGCGAGUGCUGGCCAGAUCUUCACCCACAGACAAACACACCCUCGUCAAAGGUAUCAUAGAUAGUACACUGGUGGCCCAGAGGCAGGUGGUAGCUGUGACCGGAGACGGGACCAACGACGGUCCGGCCCUGAAGAAAGCAGAUGUCGGUUUUGCUAUGGGAAUCGCAGGUACAGAUGUGGCCAAAGAGGCGUCUGACAUCAUCCUGACAGAUGAUAAUUUCUCCAGCAUUGUGAAGGCCGUGAUGUGGGGACGAAACGUCUAUGACAGCAUCUCAAAGUUCCUGCAGUUCCAGCUGACGGUUAAUGUGGUGGCUGUGAUCGUUGCCUUCACCGGAGCUUGUAUCACACAGGAUUCUCCUCUUAAAGCAGUCCAGAUGUUGUGGGUCAACCUGAUCAUGGACACGUUUGCAUCUUUGGCUUUGGCCACCGAGCCACCUACUGAAUCUCUGUUGAUGCGAAAACCCUACGGUCGUAACAAACCUCUGAUCUCCAGCACCAUGACCAAGAACAUCCUCGGCCACGGCAUCUACCAGCUCAUAAUCAUCUUCACUCUGCUGUUUGCCGGUGAGCAGAUCUUUGACAUUGACAGCGGCAGGAACGCACCGCUGCAUUCCCCUCCAUCUGAGCACUAUACCAUCAUUUUCAACACUUUCGUCAUGAUGCAGCUCUUCAAUGAGAUCAACGCCCGCAAGAUCCACGGAGAGAGGAAUGUGUUCGACGGCAUCUUCAGAAAUCCCAUCUUCUGCUCCAUUGUUUUGGGCACUUUUGCAGUUCAGAUUGUGAUUGUGCAGUUUGGAGGAAAGCCGUUCAGCUGUUCUCCUCUGGACCUGGAGAAGUGGAUGUGGUGUGUGUUCCUGGGACUGGGAGAACUGGUUUGGGGACAGGUUAUAUCAUCAGUGCCGAACAGCAAGCUUAGAUUCCUCAAAAGAGCCGGUCAGCUGACGCGGAAGGAUGAAACGCCCGAGGAGGAGCAAAACGAAGACCAGGAGGAGAUCGAUCACGGGGAGAGAGAGCUCCGGCGAGGGCAGAUCUUGUGGUUCAGAGGCCUCAAUAGAAUUCAGACUCAGAUCGGGGUAGUGAACACAUUCAAGAGCGGGACUUCCUUUCAGGGGGCUCUGAGACGCCAGUCCUCCACCACCAGCCAGAAUCAGGAUAUACGUGUCGUGAACGCAUUUCGUAGCUCGCUCUACGAAGGCUUGGAAAAACCCGAAUCCAGAACCUCCAUCCACAAUUUCAUGAGUCACCCGGAGUUUAGAAUAGAGGACUCGACGCCCCACAUUCCUCUCAUAGACGACAUCGACAUGGACGACGAGGCCGCCAGGAAGAACUCCAGUCAACCCUCGUCUCCCAACAAGAACAACAACGCCAUCGACAGCGGUAUCAAUCUGACUAUCGACACGAGUAAAUCUGCCGCGUCCUCCAUUACCGGGAGCCCGCUUCAUAGCCUGGAGACAUCGCUUUAGCCGCCUCACGAUGGAGAUUGUCCACCAACCGUCUUAGACCAAACCUUAGUAAAAAAGCGCCCGUUGACUGAAGGUGCGGUCACGUUCUUUUGUUGUGUACGACCGGGAUGGAAAGGACGGACUUGUUUACGUCGACGGCGGAGUGACUGGAGAAACAGCGUGAGCAACAUCACCACUCCUAUUUCCUGAGGAAACCAGAGACUACUUGAGUAAUUUAAAGCUAUUGUUAAUGUCGCUCCUGCAUGAAUGUACAUUACCCAGGUUUUUCUUUGAAGAAGGCUUUAUUUUGAUUGAAACGGUGGGAUGGGAUCGGGCGGUGGACGGCUAUUUUAAGAUUCACUGAUCUGUGAGUAUUGUGUGUGGCAUGUAUCUCAUUGUAUAGAUUUCUUUGGUUAAGGUGUAUCCGGGCUGCAGGGCUCAACUUGCACAGUAGAUUCGCACCUGCCGGAAAGGAGAAACCCUUAGAAUUUAUUAAGCGUAGAUAUAUAUUUAUAGAUCCAUUAUAAAUAUAUAUUUACAGAGUUUAUCUUUAUUUGUUGGCAUGUUGCCUUGUUCUGCUUCAAUGACUCUUAACUACUUUAACUUAUUUAUGUCCUAAAAAGAAUGUAAUUUGUUUACAAAGCCUGUAGAUACGUCCUGGUUUCUUUGUAGGGUUUAAAACUACUUUCUUGGGUUCAAAACCACGCGGCAGAUGUAGACAGUUGUUCGGUUUCUCCUCUAGGUGUUUUAUUACCAAUUGUGUGCUGGACUUGCCUGCUGUUUUGUCGACUAAUGUAGAUCUUUUUUAGAGGAUAUAAAAAAGAAACCAAAACAUAGUGGGAUAUAGCGUUAAAUGUGGCAUCUUAGUAUUACACGAUCCACGCCGAGUAUCCCCUCCCGGAAAAUCUUCGCGUAUAGUUCGAAGCUGGAGCGAUCUCGCGGUUGGGUUUGCAGAUACUUCAGGUUGGGUUGAAAUGUUCUUUUAUUUGGAAAUGAAAAAGAGUUUCAGAUGGGUUUUAUGUUGGAAACAUGUUAACUGUUCAAACUUCUAUUUGGCAUCUCUGUAUGGAAAUCAAAAUUGUGUUCAAAUCUUGUGCUAUAUUGUGUUGAUUCAUCUUUUUUUGACGUUUGAUUUGUAGAUUUCUUUCAUUUAAGGAGCCCAGCUCCAGAGCUGACGUCGCUUCAAACAACUGAAGUACGAAACGAAACAAAAAAGGAGUGUUGCUUUUGACUCUUUUCUUACAAAAAGAAAAACGCGAAGCAUAACAACAACAAAAAAAUACAUACAUUUAUGAUCCUUUUCUGCACUAUCCGGAUAUGAAUGAAUUUCUGUGGUGUAAAUUUAGAUGUGCUUCUGUGUUAAAAAACAAGCUUGUCUUCCUGCAGUCAGUAAAAUAUACUCUAGCAUCUCAACAGUAUUCACUAGUGGUAACUAUUUAUUGUACUGGAGAACCGAAAAGACAAACGGGGUCUAUGGGAAGGCACGCUUACAGAGUCACCCAUGUGUUCAUUCCUCCAUUGUUAUCAAUAGGACAGACGUGAUGUCAUACGCUUAAUAUGCAAGUUCAAACGAAAUCGUUUUUUCUUUCUUAGUUUGCUUACGGAGAGAGGGCGCACAAGCUUUAACUGUUAGCUCAGGCAUGCAAACACGACAAGAACAAGAGAAAACGAUGAUGUUUAAGACCGGCUGUCAAGUCACGGAAACGCAUUUCAUUCUCACAACAUACGCACCUCGGCCGUUUUUUAAGGCGACGUGGAGGAGUUUGUCUUGAACCGAGUGUGGAUUGUAAGGACUCCGGAUGUGAACUUUUACAGUGUGAAUGGCCAGUUCGAUUUGAUACAGUUCAGUUUUCGCGCCCUGCGUUGACGGGCAGACUAACGGAUGCAGUUUAAAACGUGUAUAACCAAUAAACCGAAAUGACAUGACGGUCUAAUAAUCACAGACAAUAUUAAUAGUAAUAAUAAUAUUUCUUGCAAUACAUCGGCUUCUACGUACUGUACUUAGCAGCAUGCAUUUUGUGGAACAAAGAACAUAUGACGCCACAGGUACUUUUGGCGCUCUAGCAAUUUAUGGGUAAAUGAAAAGUGUUCAUCCAUCUUGUUUUUAUGAAUUUUAUAAUCUAUACAAUAAUUGUAAAUAAAGAACUUAAUGUCUUUGUUCAUUUAAUACUAUGCAAAAAGCUUUUGAUUGUUUCUCAUCUACUUAGAGUGUGUUUCCUGGAAUGUUUGUGGUCUCAAAGUCGGUAAAACAAACAACAACAAAAAAACGAGAAAAGAAAUAUGUGAUGUACAUGAUUUUCUAGCCUGACAACAUGAACUGACUCUUGUUGCUUCACUGUUCAUAGCACCAUUCCGGUCAGGAGCGGAAGUGAUCAAAUGAAAUGACCGAAAACAAAAACAAGCACUUAAUAAAUUCCCCGAGGAGCAUGAA